AUGGCCAAGUCCAUAGAGCAAGAAGGAAGAAGCGGCAAGUGUUUCGUAUAUUUUCUGGGCGCCUUUGUCAUCUUAUGCGCACUUGUAUUGGUUUUUGCCUCCAUAUUGCGCCUCAAGAAUCCAUAUCUCAAAUUAAGAUCAGCUACUUUCAACCAAAUCCGUUACAGCGCUUCACCAUCACCUUCCUUCAACGCCACCCUCAUCAUCUUUCUUGCCCUCAACAACCCAACUUUCGGUGCCUUCACUUACGAGAAUAACAGCCUCAGUGUGCUCUAUGCGGGUCUAAAGAUCGCUCAUAGCCAAAUCAACGGUGGCAGGGUGAGUUUCAGACAAACCAAAGAAAUUCAUGUUACUGUGAAAUUCAUGUCCGCUAUUGACAUUACUUCGGGGUCGUUGAAUCUCACCACUAAUGUCUUUUUUAGUGGCAAAGUUCAUCUGUUUAAGAUUAUUAACAUCAGAAAGACCAUUGAAAUGCCUUGCUCUAUGAACCUCAACUUUACCUCUCACGCAACUCAGGCUAUUCAAUGCCAAUAG